AUAUAUACCGGUCCCGGGCCACAAUAGAUUCGCCGGACUCUUUUGAGUUAAAGGGGUCACUCUUUCAGUUCCUUUCGCCCCUCAUAUUCACUGACGACAAAGGAUUCCUGUGUCUCUAUUGUGGCCCGUAACAAGUAUAUCAAUUGACUCAGCACCGUGAUUAGUCUCUCACGAAUAUACUUAUUUAGGACAAACUUAGCUGUGCUGGAUGACAGAGUGUUAACCGACCAGACAAAUCAAUCGGUUUACAGGCAGAAAAGGUUUAAAUUUCGCUAUUCGUUGAUGACACUAAGAGAAGCUGGACAAGUGAGAUGACCGAGAUGACAAUCGCUAGCUUAGUCCUCCUCCUAUUCGCCUGCUGCUGGCCGACCGGCGAGGCAGCAGCGAAGACUUACAACGCGCGUACCUUCCCCAGUCCCAUGUUGAAGCCAACAGAGUGCGGAAUGGGGAACAAUAAGUCAUUUGUCUGUGACCCUGAUUAUAUUCUACAUCGGCUCCAAGCCACACAGCUGAACGAUUUGAUAAGAUCGAAAACCAAAAGCUUCCGCUGCACAUGCAAAGACGACUGUACCGACUACAGCGACAAAUACGCCAUGAUGGUAGCUAUCGUGACAAGGGUCGAUGUCGCACAAAAUGCGUCCAUGGAGGAGAGAAAACUUGCUGUGGACCAGUUCGCCAAGGAUCUCCAGGAGCGGGGCUGGGCGGGAGGCAACUGUCAGAAUGACAUUGUCAUCGUCUUGUGUAAAGAAUAUAAGAUGAUCGUCACAUCUGUGGGCAGAGAGACGAACAAAGUCUUGACCGACUCCUGUACGAGCACUGUUACCAAUGGAGUAGUGGGACUGUUGGAACAGGACAGACAUUUCGCUGUCGUUCAAGAGCUCAUUUUCAAAUACAGCAAAUAUCUAAACCUGACAUUCUGUGCGGCAGACGACACCUUGUCACGUGACCAAGAGCGCCAUCCAGUCAUCUUGUACGUGAUCCUGGCCGUCUUGGGAGCCAUCGGGCUUACGAUUGGUGUCUGGUUUAUCAGGGUUUGCUUCAAUACGAAUUGGAAGAAGAAGUGGAGACUACGACAUGAGAGGAGUGACAGGCAUGAAUCUACGGGAACCGAACUUAUCACCAUGAAUAGCCCAAAAGUAGGGAGUGAAGGAAAUGUUGAUACUGAAAACCAACAAUGUAACGGUGGUGAUAGCGCCAACAACGGUGACAAGGGUGACGCUGAGAGUUCGCCAAGAGCAGCAAUAUCACAGAGUUCGCCCAUAGCAGGAACCUCAAAGAGUUCGCCAAGAGCAGCAACAUCACAGAGUUCGCCCAUAGCAGGAACCUCAAAGAGUUCGCCCAGAGCAGCAACAUCACAGAGUUCGCCCAGAGCAGGAACCUCAAAGAGUCCGCCCAGAACACGAGCCUCUGAUGGCGGCGCAUGUGGCUACACUCCUAGGGGGAAAUUCAGCAGCCUUCGAGAUGGACGGCCUCAUUUAUAUCUCGAUCUAUCCAAGUGCAAAGCACUUGACCGGGAUGAUGACGACAAUGACAGUCAGGUUGCCAACGAAAAGGAGAGCUUCCUGAAGACCCAGGCUUGACAUUCGUAUGCAGAGGAAUGAUGAUGCGGGCUGCAUGGUGUCACAUCGUUCUGGAUCGUCCUCAUCCUUGAAUGAGGACAAUCGAAUUCGUGGGUGUUUUCAUUGGGUCAGCAUUCUUCGAGCUAUAAUUAGCUCCCAGCAAAAACAGUUUGAAUCAUUUACAUCAAGGGUGCAGCAAUGCCGCCAUCAAUAGAUGAUAAUGGAGUCGAGAACAUGUUAACCCUUGAUAAAGCCAGUGAGAGUUUUCUUACGAAAUACGUUAGUCUGUAUUUUCAAUAGCUGUAUGUGAUAAAUAAAAAAUGUCUAAUGAGACUAUACUGAAUACAUUGUUUUCAUAUUUUCAUCUGUUCUCCUCGUAGGUUAUCAAUAAUACAGGUCAUGAUGUCAGUGCACCGUAUCGACUGAUUUUUGACUUGUCGUUGGCAAAGACGUCUUGCAUACCUGAAAUCUUCAAAAAGGUGCAGCUUCGCCUACCACUAACUAAAAAAAGCGUGAUACAAAUUCUACGUGCACCAACGUUUUCCUGGCGAUGGGCAUCUAGCAAUAUGGCGGGUCGAGUGGCCAAGACGCGGUGACCCCAAUGGUUUGAAUGUUCGUCUCAUCUCUUCAUCAAUCGGCAAUGGCUAC